AUGCAUGAGAACGCCAUCGACAUAGAAGCGCACCUUGGGCCUUGGCGGAUGAACAAGUUGAAAGCUAGUACGGAGUACCGAGACCCUUCUCAUGAACUCAAGGACGUCCCUACCUGUCCUUUCUCGGUGAUCGACUAUGAACUUACCAAAGCUGAAGAUGCGGACGAGGUUGAGAGGCUCUGGAAGGCUGCGAUGGAAACGGGAUUUUGGUACCUCAUGAACCACGGCGUACACGAGGAAGCGGAAGGGAUGUUUGCGAUGGGCGAAGAGACGAUCGCUCUUACCCUCAAGGAGAAGCUCCUCUUUGAGCAGGGAGACCAAGGUGUUUCGUUCGGGUACGACAAAGGCACGCGCGACGUACCUGAGUUUGUCAACAUCUCCAAGGACGACGCGCUCGCCUGCUCUGCCGUCGCGCGCCGCACGUAUCCCUCCGCCAUAACCCCGGAUGGAGUCCACCAUCACGCGUUCGUGAAGAAGUCGCUCGCGAUCAACAAUCGCCUCAUCGGCGUCCUCAACGACAAGCUCGGACUCGCUGCGGGCGCGCUCGCGUCUGUACACAAGGUCGAGGAGUUCAGUGGAUGCAUGGCGCGGUUCCUCAGGGCGCCGCCGUAUCUUGGGCCGGAGAAGACGUUCCUGACGGCGCACACAGACUUUGGGUCCUUCUUGUUCCUGCACAACCGCCUCGUCCGACUUUCCGUCGCUCAGCCCCUACCCGGCCACGCGAUCUGCAACAUCGGCGAUGCCCUCAACAUCAUCUCCGGCGGCAUCCUGCCCUCCAACAUCCAUUGCGUUGUUCAGCCUCCGCGGGAGCAAGCCCAGUACGAACGGCACUCGGUCGUGUUCUUAGCCCGCCGGAACGACACCGCCGAGCCCCGCGCGCUGUCUGCGCAGAGCGAGCGCAUCGCUGCGGCGGUCGCCAAAGCGCCCCGGGGGAAGUACGCCCCUGACGUGACGGCGAUGGAGUGGCUUGUGAGGAGGGUCAAAUCGCAGCGGGUGACAAACUGCAAGGUGUGUCCUGUCCCGCCGGUGUGCGCUGUUGCGAAGGGCUGA